CUACCUUGUCUCCUCUGUGUUGCAAGACAGAGAAGUGAGGAUAGAGACGUGGAGAGACAGGGAGAAAGAAGUACAGAGAGACACAGAGACAGAGACGUGGAGAGAGAUAAAGCAAGACGCUAAUCGAGAGAUAAAGCAAGACGCUAAUCGAGAGACCCCGGGUGUGAGAAAAGGACCAGCUCGGCAGCCCCUGGAGCCCCAGCCCCGCCUUCAUGCCCAACAGGUGUCCCACCUGGCCCGUCCUCCCAGGUGAGCCUCAGCCUGUGCUGAAGGCAGUUUGACUCGAGGCCUCCCAGUGACGCUUGAGGGACAUCUACGGAGGGGAGGAUGGCCCAAGUCCUGCACGUGCCAGCCCCCUUUCCAGGGACCCCUGGCCCAGCCUCCCCACCGGCCUUCCCCGCCAAGGAGCCCGACCCUCCCUACUCCGUGGAGACGCCCUAUGGCUACCGCCUGGACCUGGAUUUCCUCAAGUAUGUGGACGACAUUGAGAAGGGCCACACGCUGCGGCGGGUGGCCGUGCAGCGCCGGCCGCGCCUCGGCUCGCUGCCCCGGGGCGCUGGCUCCUGGUGGACCUCCACCGAGUCGCUGUGCUCCAACGCCAGCGCGGACAGCCGCCACUCCGCCUACUCCUACUGCGGCCGCGGCUUCUACCCGCAGUACGGCGCCCUGGAGGCCCGCGGCGGCUUCAAUCCUCGGGUGGAGCGCACCCUGCUGGACGCCCGGCGCCGCCUCGAGGACCAGGCCGCCGCGCCCACCGGCCUGGGCUCCCUCACCCCCAGCGCGGCCAGCUCCACCAGCUCCUUGGUGGGUGUGGGGCUGCCGCCCCCGACACCACGGGGCUCGGGCAUGUCCACGCCAGUGCCACCCAGCGCCGGGCACCUGGCCCACGUUCGGGAGCAGAUGGCGGGUGCCCUGCGGAAGCUGCGGCAGCUGGAGGAGCAGGUGAAGCUGAUCCCCGUGCUGCAGGUGAAGCUGUCGGUGCUGCAGGAGGAGAAGCGGCAGCUCACCGUGCAGCUCAAGAGCCAGAAGUUCCUGGGCCACCCUUCGGGGGUCCGGGGCCGCAGCGAGCUCUGCCUCGAUCUCCCCGAGGCUCCCGAGGACCCGGUACCACUGGAGACACGGAGCGUGGGCACCUGGGUCCGUGAGCGGGACUUGGGCGUGCCCGACGGGGAGGUGGCCCUGGCCGCCAAGGUCGCGGUGCUGGAGACCCAGCUCAAGAAAGCGCUCCAGGAGCUGCAGGCAGCUCAGGCCCGACAGGCUGGCCCCCAGCCCGAGCCCCAGCCCCAGGCCUGGCCACCGCCAGACAGCCCAGUUCGCGUGGACACCAUCCGAGUGGUAGAGGGACCUCGGGAGGUGGAGGUGGCAGCCAGCACAGCCGCGGGGGCCCCUGCACAGCGGGCCCAGAGCCUGGAGCCCUACGGGGCAGGGCUGCGGGCCCUGGUGACGUCUGGAGGACCCGAGAGCCACCCCGUGUUCCGAAGCCAUGAAGUGGUGGAGGCCGUGUUCUCCUCGCCCGCUGCGUCCACUGGCAACGUCCACUUGGUGAAGAAGAUCAGCAUCACCGAGCAGAACUGCAAUGGGGCAGCAGGUCUUCCUCCGGUUUCUGCGGAGUCAUCCUCAUCGCCCCCAGGGUCCGCAGCAGCCUCCCUGGCACCGCCCAAGAAGAACACAGGCCGGGUGCCCCCCUGCAACACCAGCACCAGGGAGCCCCCCAGGCAAGCAGCCCCAUGCGAGUCAGAGGAGGCCGGAGGUGCAGGUGGGCCCCAGGCGGGCAUACGGUCCAUCAUGAAGCGGAAAGAGGAGCCUGCAGACCCGGCGACCCACCAGAGGAGCCUCCAGUUUGUGGGGGUCAAUGGCGGGUGUGAGUCCUCAUCUGAGGACUCCAGCACAGCAGAGAACUUCUCGGACAAUGAGAGCACAGAGAACGAGACCCCGGAGCCUGAGGCGAGGGUGCCGAGUGUGGCUGAAGCUCCCCCGCCCAGGCCCACGGGGACGGCAGUGGCCAAGAUCAACCAGGAGGAGUGCCAGCUAUCUCGGGAGUCUCAGCGAGUGCCCACGGCUGAGGGGGCCUCAGGAUCAAAUGUGGAGGAGAUCCGGAUGGAGCUAAGCCCCGACCUCAUCUCAGCCUGCCUGGCCCUGGAAAAGUACUUGGACAACCCCAACGCCCUCACCGAGCGGGAGCUGAAGGUGGCCUACACCACGGUGCUGCAGGAGUGGCUGCGCCUGGCCUGCCGCAGCGACGCCCACCCGGAGCUCGUGCGGCGCCACCUGGUCACGUUCCGGGCCAUGUCAUCACGGCUGCUGGACUAUGUGGUCAACAUCGCCGACAGCAACGGCAACACCGCGCUGCACUACUCCGUGUCCCACGCCAACUUCCCGGUGGUGCGGCAGCUGCUGGACAGCGGUGUCUGCCAGGUGGACAAGCAGAACCGUGCUGGCUACAGCCCCAUCAUGCUCACCGCCCUGGCCGCCCUCAAGACCCAGGAUGACAUCGAGACGCUCCUGCAGCUCUUCCGGCUCGGAGACGUCAACGCCAAAGCCAGCCAGGCCGGGCAGACAGCCCUGAUGCUGGCCGUCAGCCACGGGCGCGCGGACGUGGUGAAAGCUCUGCUGGCCUGCGAGGCGGACGUCAACGUGCAGGACGAUGACGGCUCCACGGCCCUCAUGUGCGCCUGCGAGCACGGCCACAAGGAGAUCACGGGGCUGCUGCUGGCGGUGCCCAGCUGUGACAUCUCGCUCACGGACCGCGACGGGAGCACCGCUUUGAUGGUGGCCCUGGACGCGGGGCAGAGUGAAAUUGCGUCCAUGCUGUACUCCCGCAUGAACAUCAAGUGCUCGUUUGCCCCGAUGUCAGAUGACGAAAGCCCUGCAUCGUCCUCCGCAGAAGAGUAGCCGUGGGGGGGGACCGGAGGCGCCUCCCCUCUGAGGCCAGUCAGCCCCAGAGCAAACUGUCCCCCCUCCCGGGCCACCCCCACUCAUACCCACCAAGGCCUAAGUCUCAAAGGCACGUGGGGUUUCUGCUUCCCAGCAGUGACAAGACUCCAGCUUAAAGCGGGAGAAAUCUCCCGUUCCCCAGUUCAAAGCAGCCACAGUGCAGACCGAAGCUUCAUUCUCAGAGAAAUUGGCGCCAGUGGCUGAUGCUGGGCGUGGGUUUAUGGAGAACACAGAACAAUCGACUGGCAGUGAUGGAUGGAGGAGGGCGAGAGGGAAACGUAUUGUAUUUUCGAAUCACCAUUGGGGAAGAGGGGGAAUCGUAUUACUUGUUGCCAAAUCUGAAAGUCACUGGAAAUGCCUAUUUUCAUUUUAAUCUGGAGUGUUGUUACUCACGGGUGGUGUCUAGAGUGGCUUGACUCCCCCUGGGCCCCCACAUUUAAUUGUCUGGUAUGUAACAGUGUUUUGUCCACGCCCCCCCAGACAGCUUUCUUGGGGGGAUUUUGGUCUCUUCACAAAACGGAUGCUGUCCUUGUCCCCUGGAGUAGGAAAUGUAGCCCUUUCUUCUGCUUUCUCGUGCCACUGGCAGCGUCCACCCCGUCAGGUCGGGGGGAGCCUCAGGACUCAGCAGCCGAGAGGUGUGAGCAGUUCAUAUCAAGAAAUUACCCCGACCUCCGGCCCCUCCCCGCAUGGAGGCCCCAGCAAAAAUUAAUUUUCCUAGAAAAUCCUUCAGACCUGGAGACACAGGAAAUGAAUCCUGUUCCCAGAGUGGCGGCUGAGUCCCUGGGCUUCGAACCCAGGUUACGGGCCGUCCAGAUCCUCCUCAGGCUCCAGAAUUUCUGUCUUCAAAGGAAAGAAAACAGGCCAUGUGUGUGUUGGCAGCGCCUGGGGCCGGCUCCAGGAACCCCAUGUGUGCACAAUUAAAAGUUGGCUGCCCCCAGAGGGCUCCCAGCGCAAACUUAAAGAGGCAGGGCCUUGCCGAAAACCAAACAAGGGCCAGCUGGGGUUUUUUUUUUUAACCUACAGGCUUUCCGGAGCUGCCUGGAGCCGAGCCUGCUGGACGUGGGGCUCGCCAGACACUCACAGUUUCCUUAAUGGCCUGUUUUGUUCCCAGGAUCUCGACCGAGUUUUCUUUCCUUUUCCUUCCUUCUGUGAACCAAAAAAAGAAAAGGGAGAGGCUCCGAGCCUCCGAAAGUGCCCCUGUGGCAGGGGAGAGAGACCCCUGGCUCAUAGGUGUCCUGCCCUCCCGGCCAGUUCGCAGCCCUGCGGCCAGGGUCGGAGCCAGGCCACCGGAGGAGGGAGCAGGCCCUGAGUGCUCACGUGUCCAUUCAAUAAUGCGAAACGCUGGCUUCUCUCCUACAGAAGUGGGUUUCCUGGCUUGAUGGAGUCUGGCUUGCUUUGAUUUUGAAGGGAUCAAAAUCUUUUUUUUUUACUUUGUACCUGAGACAAAAGAGCUUGCAUGGUCAAAGGAGGGAGGCACCCCGGAGAGAGGGAGGGAGAGAGAGUGUGUGUGUGUGUGUAAGUUGGAAGGAAAAAACCAAAGCUGCUUGAGGAUGUCCAGGGUAUUAGAUGGAAGGCUGCAGCUCUGAGCAGCGGUACCAGUGUUGUGUGCCUGUGUGUCCUGGCCCCGAGCCAGCCAGUGCGUUUAUUUUAAGCUCCUCCAAGCAGCUCAUUGACACCAUAUUUGUCCCUGUUCCCCUCUCCCCUGGUGCCCAUUGGCUUGGCAGGGAGGCUACAGGGGGUCCUGCCUUUGUCCCCAUUCUCUUCUCACAUGUAUUCGUGACUUUAAACUUUACUUUCCAACCACGGUACGUCCAUAAAGACAGUAUUACGCUUAAAUGAAGUAUUCUUUUUUGUAAUCAUUUUUUAGACGGUAAAGAAAUUUAAUAAAGCUACUUUAUGAUAAUGCCAA